AUCCGCAAUGCAAUUCUCUACCGUCGCUAUCGUUUUGGCUGCCGCCACCACCGUCUCCGCCUACAACGCUACCACCGGUGCUAACUCUACCAACACCACCAACGGUACUACCCACUCCACUUCCAACGCUGGUUCCUCCAACGCCGUCUCUGCCGGUAUCUUGGGUGCUGCCGUCGCUGCUGGUGCCGCUUUGUUGUUCUAAGCCCCUCAAUUUCUAAUCCAGGGCAUUACCUGGCUGAAAAUUUUGAUAGGAUAAUGUAUAAUUAAUAAAGAAUGGUAAUAUAAGCAUGAAUACUUGG